AUGGCUUCCAGCCCGUUGCCAGGGCCCAACGACAUCCUGCUGGCGUCACCGUCGAGCGCCUUCCAGCCGGACGCACUAAGCCAGCCGCGGCCGGGCCACGCCAACCUCAAGCCCAACCAGGUGGGCCAGGUGAUCCUCUAUGGCAUUCCCAUCGUGUCGCUGGUGAUCGACGGGCAGGAGCGCCUGUGCCUGGCGCAGAUCUCCAACACGCUCCUCAAGAACUUCAGCUACAACGAGAUCCACAACCGCCGCGUGGCGCUGGGCAUCACGUGCGUGCAGUGCACGCCGGUGCAGCUGGAGAUCCUGCGGCGCGCGGGGGCCAUGCCCAUCUCCUCGCGCCGCUGCGGUAUGAUCACCAAGCGCGAGGCCGAGCGCCUAUGCAAGUCUUUCCUGGGCGAAAACCGGCCGCCCAAACUGCCCGACAACUUCGCCUUCGACGUGUCGCACGAGUGCGCCUGGGGCUGUCGCGGCAGCUUCAUCCCCGCGCGCUACAACAGUUCACGCGCCAAGUGCAUCAAGUGCAGCUACUGCAACAUGUACUUCUCGCCCAACAAGUUCAUCUUCCACUCGCACCGCACGCCCGACGCCAAGUACACGCAGCCGGACGCAGCCAACUUCAACUCGUGGCGUCGCCAUCUCAAGCUCACCGACAAGAGUCCCCAGGACGAGCUGGUCUUCGCCUGGGAGGACGUGAAGGCCAUGUUCAACGGUGGGAGCCGCAAGCGCGCUCUGCCCCAGCCCGGCGCGCACCCGGCCUGCCGCGCCCGGGUGCCGGCGCCCCACCACGCGCACCUUCUGGAGGGGCGCAAGGCUGGAGGUGGCGGCUACCACCAUUCGAGCGCCUUCCGGCCUGUGGGCGGUAAGGACGACGCGGAGAGCCUGGCCAAGCUGCACGGGGCGUCGGCGGGCGCUCCGCACUCGGCGCAAGCGCACCACCACCAUCCCCCUCCGCACCCGCACCACCACCACCACCACCACCAUCACCACCACCAUCCACCGCAGCCGCCGUCGCCGCUGCUGCUGCUGCCCCCACAGCCUGACGAGCCGGGCUCCGAGCGCCACCACCCGGCCCCGCCGCCGCCGCCCCCGCUGGCCCCGCAGCCGCACCACCGAGGCCUUCUGUCCCCCGGGGGCACCAGCUGCAGCUACCCUAGCGAGGACAGCUCCGAGGACGAGGAUGACGAGGAAGAGGAGCAGGAGGUGGACGUGGAGGGCCACAAGCCCCCAGAGGGCGAGGAAGAGGAGGAGGAAGGUCGAGACCCCGACGACGAGGAGGAGGAAGACGAGGAGGCCGGGGUCCUACUGGGGGACCCCUUAGUCGGGGCCGGCCGCUUCCUCCAGGGCCGAGGGCUGUCGGAGAAAGGGAGCAGCCGGGAGCGCGUGCCGCCUGCCGCGGGCGCUUUCCCACUCACCCUGAACUCCUCCCGGCUGCUGCAAGAGGACGGGAAACUGGGGGACCCCGGCGGCGCGGACCUGCCCCCGCCCCCGCCUCCGCCCCUGGCCCCCCAGAAAGCGAGCGGCGGCGGCAGCAGCCCGGACAGCCCGGUCCACCAUCCAUCACUGGAGGAGCAGCCCUCCUACAAAGAUAAUCAGAAAACUAAGGACAAUAACCAAGUUAUAUUGUCUACAAAGGAAGACAGCUUUUCAGAUAAGAACAAGGAGCAUAGCUUUUUUAUCACAGACUCUGAGACUUCCGGAGGAGAAUUUUGGAGAGAAAGAGCAGGUGAACACACACAAGAAACCAAUUCACCUCAUUCACUCAAAAAGGAUGUAGAAAAUAUGGGAAAAGAGGAACUUCAGAAGGUUUUAUUUGAACAAAUAGAUUUACGGAGACGACUAGAACAAGAAUUCCAGGUGUUAAAAGGAAACACAUCUUUCCCAGUAUUCAAUAAUUUUCAGGAUCAGAUGAAAAGGGAACUAGCCUACCGAGAAGAAAUGGUGCAACAAUUACAAAUCGUAAGAUGCAUUUCUACUUGA